AAAAACCAUCACAAUACCUUUCUAAAAUCAUCUUCCAUCACUGAAUGAAAUCAUCAUCAUCAUAGAGAAAGAUGGGUGGUAUAGUAUCGAAACAAGCACCUCUUGUUGUUGAUGUUGGUUUAAUAUUGGGCAAUUCUCCUUCGGAUGAGCUGAGAGGAGAAUCGAAAUUUUCAAUGAGGUUAAUUAAUAAUGUUCCUGAUGUAUUGAGUUUAUUAAAGAAGAACGCAGAGGAGGUGGAAAGUUUUGGAAAAGCAAUUAAGAAAACUUCGGAAUAUUAUAGAACAAUGAAUAAGGCAACACUGACAAGUGUAGAGGCCUUUACCACAAAUACAAACCUGCACAAAAACCCUCCAGAAGAUGUAAAUAUUGUUCACAAAAUGUGCAUAGGAAUGACUACACUCACUAAGGAUCCAUUCACUCCGUGUUCUGCAUUGGAUGAUUUAUACCAAAAAGUUGGAGUUCUUGUUCAAACAAUUAAAGAUCUCACAAAGGCUGGAAAAUCAGAGUUUAAAAUUUUGGAAGCACAAAAAACAAGCUCUCUUAAAGAAUUAGAUAAAUUGAGAAAGAGAUGCGCCGAACGAUCGAAAAAGUUGCAGGAAAUUAAAAGUGCUCCACUCACCUCAAUAGCUGAAAAGACAAAAAUUGAUUUUGAGGUCAAGAAUUUAGAAACCUAUAUUGCCGAGGAUAAGCAAGUUAUCAAAACUCAAGAAGAACUGAUUCAAAAAGUUGACAGAAGUGUUUACAAUAUUCUGACUCACUUUGAGGUUUUGGAAAGGAAGAGAGUGAAACAAUUGCAGACGCUUUCCCACAGCUACUUCCAAAUUAGAAAAGCAAUGGCACAAUAUUUGGCUGAACAAAUGAGAGAAGUCUUGAGCAAAGUUUCUCUCUGUCAACCAGAAAGUGAACUCUCUCACUUGAUUUCUAACUGUGCAGUUAAACCUAAUGGAUAAAACAUUAAUAAUAUUCACAAAGACUUUAUUACAGAGGUGGAGGGAAGAAUAAAUUAUUAUAUUGUACU